UUUUGCAGCUUUUAUUUUGUUCUCAUACACGGACACAGAGCACUUCCGGAAGAAAUGGCAUCUUUGGAUAGGGUGAAAGUGUUGGUUUUGGGAGAUUCCGGAGUAGGGAAGUCCUCUCUUGUACAUUUACUUAGUCAGAAUCAAGUUUUGGGCAAUCCGUCAUGGACUGUGGGCUGCUCAGUGGACAUCAGGGUUCAUGACUACAGAGAAGGCACUCCAGAAGAGAAGACAUACUACAUUGAACUCUGGGAUGUCGGGGGAUCUGUUGGCAGUGCCAGCAGUGUUAAAAGCACCAGAGCUGUGUUUUACAAUUUCGUUAAUGGCAUUAUUUUAGUUCAUGAUUUGACCAAUAAGAAAUCCUCCCAGAAUCUAUACCGCUGGUCACUGGAGGCGCUGAGCAAAGACUCCUCUCCAACUGGCAUCAUUGUAUCAAAUGGGGAUUAUGACAGAGAACAGUUUGCAGAGAACUCAAUUCCCCUGCUGCUAAUUGGCACCAAAUUUGAUCAGAUCCCAGAAAAUAAGAGGAAUGAUGUGCUGACCCGCACCGCCUUUCUAUCUGAGGACUUCAAUGCGGAGGAAAUCAAUUUGGAUUGUACAAAUCCACGGUAUCUUGCUGCUGGAUCAUCAAAUGCUGUUAAACUGAGCCGAUUCUUUGACAAGGUAAUAGAGAAGAGAUACUUCACAAGAGACCCUAGCCAGAUGCAGAGUUUCACCGACAGGAGGCGCUUUAAUUUCAAGAGUCUCCACAAUGAUUAAGUGUACACAUAUACUUUGGGUUGGUGGGUUUAGUCAUGGGUUUAGUUCAUGUAACCUGAACAAUCAUAUAAAUAUUCUUCUGUCAUCAUGUUUCUCUGCAAAGUCCAAACAGUUUGAGGGUUGUUUUCGAACAUUAACCUCCAGCUUACCAUGACAGAAUGGUUUAUGUGAAUUAAUCAUCAUCUGUAUUGUGAGAUAUUUGUAUUUUCAUACGUAAUGGUAAAAACAUGGACUCAAGGAAAUACCCCUUCUUUUCCCUUCUUAUGUUUACUGCUGUACUAAUGGGGUGACAUGGAACCUGUGUUUUUUUAUGGUAAAAGGUAAUGUAAAUGGUUUCAAGAGAUAUGACCUGUUUUUAUUAAAUAAACAAUUAAUCUUUAGAA